AUGCUGCUUCUACUUUGUGCAUUUUUGUCCAUUUCCGCGGCGUAUGGCGCAGUGGUAACGCCAACUUACAAAAUGAAUGAUGGAUAUGAGAUUCCGGCUAUAGCAUUGGGGACUUGGCUGGGCAAUAAUUCAAAGCCUGGCGUUAACGAAGUGGAAAAUGCCGUGAUAUGGGCUUUGGAUGCUGGUUACAAGCAUGUGGAUACUGCCUGGAUUUACCGCGUGGAAGACCAGGUCGGGCGCGGCCUGAAGAAAGCAAAUAGAGAUAAUGUGUUUGUUACUACAAAGCUUUGGAACGACAAACACGCCCGUUCUUCUGUGAUACCAGCAUUGAAGGAGUCGUUACAGAACUUGCAGCUGGAGUACGUUGAUUUGUACUUAAUACACUGGCCAGUUGGGCAGUUCUUCAACAAUAGCUAUGACAGCACAGACUACCUGGACACGUGGAGAGGAAUGAUGGACGCAAAGCAAGCAGGUCUCACAAAAUCCAUUGGUCUUUCGAACUUCAACCAGAAAAUGAUAGACAGGAUACUGGAAAAUGAGUUGGAGAAGCCAGCUGCGUUGCAAGUUGAGCUUAACUUGAAUCUUCAACAACCAGCGUUGCUAGAUUAUUGCAGACGUCACAGUAUAGUCGUUAUGGGCUAUACACCUUUCGGCUCCCUCUUUCACAACAAAGCCAAAGCAGAUGCACCUCCUCCGAGGGUAGAUGACCCAGAGAUGGUAGAAAUGGCGAAUAGAUAUAACAAGACAGUGCCACAGAUAGCUUUAAGAUAUUUGGUGGAGAUAGGAGUUAUACCGCUACCGAAGUCACUAACGAAAUCGCGUAUCGAACAGAACAUAGACAUCUUCGACUUUUCUCUAACGGAAGCAGACAAGAAACAGUUGCGUGGUUACGACAAAAACUACAGAACGAUAGCGCAGCAUAAGUGGCUCAACCAUCCUUAUUACCCUUUUGAGAUACCUGCGAAGAUAUAG